GGUAUGAUUAUAACUAUUUAUAACUUCACCCAAAUCUUGACGAAGCAACAUUUCACACACAACAAAACCCCUUUAUUAACACAAAUCGCACCUACCUGACUCUCAAACCUGUAUACAUACAUACAUACAUACAUACAUACAUUCAGUGUGUGUGUGUGAGAGAGAUAUUUUGCCCUAAUUCACACUCUUCUCUCACCAUGAUGUCCUUGAACGGCUCAUCGCUUGUGAAGAACUCCGUUACCGGAGUUUCAAGGACGCAAUCGCAGUCGUUGAGGUUACCGGUGAGGCGUCCGGUGGUGGUUUCUAUGCUGAACAAUAACAAUAAUCGACCGGAGCGAAACGUCAGCGUUUCGGUGGAUAGUGCUGUGAAGGAGGUGAAUGCUCCGGUGGCGGCUGAAGUUGAUGAGUCUGAUGGUAAAAAACCGAGUGCAUCUGUUGGUGGUGGUGUUGAAGACGUGUACGGUGAGGAUAGUGCCACCGAGGAUCAGUUUAUUACUCCGUGGUUUGUUUCUGUUGCCAGUGGCUACUCGUUGUUGCGGGACCCGCACCACAACAAAGGUUUGGCUUUUACUGAAAAAGAACGAGAUGCCCAUUAUCUACGUGGUCUUCUUCCUCCGGUUGUCGUCAAUCAUGAUCUUCAGGUAAAAAAGAUGAUGCAUAAUAUCCGCCAAUAUCAAAUACCUCUACAAAGGUACCAAGCCAUGAUGGAUCUUCAGGAGAGAAAUGAGAGAUUAUUCUACAAGCUAUUAAUUGAAAACGUCGAGGAGCUUCUCCCAAUUGUAUAUACACCAACCGUCGGUGAAGCGUGCCAAAAAUACGGGAGCAUUUUCAAGAACCCACAGGGUUUAUUUAUUAGUUUAAGAGACAAGGGGAAGAUUCUUGAGAUAUUGAAGAAUUGGCCUCAGAAAAAAAUUCAAGUUAUAGUAGUCACAGAUGGUGAACGUAUUUUAGGCCUAGGAGACCUUGGCUGCCAGGGAAUGGGCAUACCUGUGGGAAAGCUCUCUCUCUACACAGCUCUUGGAGGAAUUCGUCCUUCAGCAUGCUUGCCGAUAACCAUUGAUGUUGGCACUAAUAACGAGAAGAUGUUGAACGAUGAAUUCUACAUUGGUUUAAGGCAAAGGAGGGCAAGUGGUCAGGAGUAUGCUGAACUCAUGAAUGAGUUCAUGACUGCUGUCAAGCAGAAUUAUGGGGAGAAGGUCCUCAUUCAGUUUGAGGAUUUUGCAAACCACAACGCCUUUGAUCUUCUUGAGAAGUAUAGAACCACCCAUCUUGUGUUUAACGAUGAUAUACAGGGCACAGCAUCAGUGGUGCUUGCAGGGCUUAUUUCUGCACUAAAAUUAGUUGGUGGAUCUUUGGCAGACCAUAGAUUCCUCUUCCUUGGAGCUGGAGAGGCUGGCACAGGCAUCGCCGAACUCAUAGCUCUUGAAAUAUCGAAACAGACAAACGCUCCGUUAGAAGAGACCCGGAAGAAGGUUUGGCUUGUGGACUCAAAGGGUUUGAUUGUUAGAUCCCGCCUAGAUUCACUUCAGCAUUUCAAGAAGCCCUGGGCCCAUGAUCAUGAACCUGUGGAUAAGUUUGUGGAUGCUAUCAAGACAAUCAAGCCAACAGUAUUGAUCGGAUCAUCAGGGGCAGGACAGACAUUUACAAAAGAAGUUGUUGAAACUAUGUCGUCCCUUAAUGAGAAACCUAUUAUUCUUGCCCUGUCCAACCCAACGUCUCAAUCCGAAUGUACUGCCGAGCAAGCUUAUACCUGGAGUGAUGGCCGUGCUAUAUUCGCCAGUGGGAGUCCGUUUGACCCUGUUGAAUAUAACGGAAAGGUCCAUGUGUCAGGCCAGGCCAACAAUGCAUACAUUUUUCCCGGAUUUGGCCUCGGUUUGAUAAUUUCUGGUGCAAUCCGUGUUCAUGAUGACAUGCUUUUAGCAGCCUCCGAAGCUCUGGCUGAACAGGUUACACAGGAGCAUUUCGACAAAGGACUAAUAUACCCACCGUUCACUAACAUCCGCAAGAUUUCUGCUCAUAUCGCAGCUAAGGUGGCUGGCAAAGCAUAUGAACUUGGUCUGGCGAGUCGUCUACCCCAACCAGAAAAUCUUGUAGCGUAUGCCGAGAGCUGCAUGUACAGCCCCAAAUACCGCAGCUAUCGUUAAGUUUUGAGACAUGACAGACAUCAAGUUUGUUGCUGUUAGCAAUUGUUUUAGUUGUUAGGUGCAUGUUGUAAUGUUAGGCAUACGUUUGUGUGUCCUUCAACAAAUUUUAUGAUUCCCAAGUCAUGAAAAAUCAUAGCUUUAUUUAAUUAAUUAAUGGUCGAUUGGUAGCAAUCUUUUGAUUA